GAAAGAGCGGAGUGAAGCAUGGCAGUUCAACGCUGGGCAGAUACUCUGAGGAAAGCCAAGAAAACUGCCUUAAUAUCUGAUGAUGCAGCUUCUGCCACCUUUGCAGUGUAAACACUGGAGAUGACAUCAGCUAUUCAACAAAAUAAUGUUGAAGUUAUUUUGAAGGAAAAGAAAAGUGCAUUAUCUGUUUGAGGAUGGAAAUGAGAUGGCUGAGGAAUAUGAUCUGAAAACGGAUGAACUUGUCUUGCGUAAGUGGCGUUGUAAAACCGCUCUUGGAGGACAGGGGCAGUGGACAUUGGAAGUUGGUGAUACAAGCCCAAAAGCUGUUACCACUGAUUUAAUAAAAGAGAACAGUUCAAAUCCACUGUUUAUGCGCAAGGACACUAAAACCAGUUACCAGUGGAGGAUCCGUAAUAUUUCUUACCCUAUUGAAGUCUACAGUGUGUCAAUAGAGCCGAUGGAAAGAUGUUGUGUCAUCCGGACCUCAAACAAAAAGUACUACAAGAAGUUCAGUAUUCCAGAUCUCGACCGUUGCCAGCUGCCUCUGGAGAGCACGGCCUUGAGCUUUACCCAUGCCAACAACACGUUAAUCGUCAGCUACAAGAAGCCCAAUGAGAUUUUAACACUGGAACAGGAGCUGGUUGGGGAACUCAAGAAACUAAAGGGGACAAAUGAAGGAGAUAUUGACUGUAAAACUCAGUGAGCUGCGGUGGAUUCAGUGCCUUUGCACUAAUUGUAUUUGUCUGCCUGCGGUUCUUCACAUUCAGUUUGGUUCAGUGUCUCAUGUUGGCAUGUUUUUGUCAGCCUUGUGCAUCCAAGCAACUCACUUUAAAUUACUCCUCUCUAUUGUUGGUAUUGACUUCAAUUCUGGCAGCCCAUUUGAGUGUUUUUUCAGCUGUUAUUCAGAAGCGUAACUGAGUGUAAACAUAUAGAUUCUUUUUUUUUUCUGUUCUGCUAAAUGAUGUACCUUAUAUUGCUCUUUGAAAAAUGUAAUAUAAACAAAAUCUUUAAGACGUUUAUACGUUUGUUUGUUUUUACUCAGAAAUGUUUUAAUGCUUACAUCAAGUUUGAGAAUACUGUGCUUUUUAUCCACACUUUAGCUAAAGAUCCCAUUGAAUAGAAAUUGGAAUUGUUUGGCUUUUUUAACCUAAAUAGGGGCUAACCCUUUGAUAUUUUGCACCCCAACUUCCUGUUUAUAGGUAGGAAAUGCAUAAACACAGGAAAGAAAACUGAGCCUAUCAAGCAAUUUAUGUGGUCUUUUUAGAAAUAACACCUCUCUGAGCCUAAGCAACUUUUGUGAGGUAAAUCACCACAGACACUCAGUGGACACUCUCUUUUUGAACAUUAGUAUGAGCAAACUCACAAAC